AUUAUUUUGCGGUUCACUUUAGGUAAAACAAUACAUAAAAUAUUAUAAUAAAUGAUGUUCUCUAGAUGAUGGAAUAGAGAGCUCCCUCUCUACAACCUUGGGUCACUAAACUUUUUAAAACAUUUUUGUAUAUAUAUCAAAGCAAAGCUAAAUUUAAUUUGCUAUAAUCUGAAAAAAUAAAAAUUAGAACACAAGAAAAAAAAGCACGUAAUUCAUUUAUCGUUAUUUUUCCCUCACUGAGGCUCAAAAAAGCAAAAUAAGAAAACGUAAACACAAAAUCCAAAUGUUAUGUGACAACAUGACCAGCAGGGGGCGACAAAACAGCUUUGCUGAGUGACGCAAACGACCACUUGAAACUGACCAAUCAGAUUCCAGAAUGUUACAGGGAUGGGCGGGACUCGACCGGGCUGAAAGCAGACAUGGCGGCUCCUGAAGAUGAAGAUUUUGAGUUUAACAAUCAAGACUAUUAUUCUCUGCUCAAUGUCAGAAAAGAGGCUACUCUGGAGGAGCUGAAGGCGUCCUACAGAAGGCUGUGCAUGCUCUACCAUCCUGACAAGCACCGAGACCCGGAGCUGAAACGACAAGCCGAGCAGCUUUUCAAUCAAGUUCACCAAGCUUACGAGGUGUUGAGCGAUGCUCACUCCAGAGCCAUCUAUGACCUCUUUGGGAAGAAAGGACUGGAAGUGGAGGGCUGGGAGAUUGUGGAGAGGAAGAGGACACCAGCAGAAAUUCGAGAGGAAUAUGAACGACUACAAAGAGAAAGAGAGGAGAGGAGACUGCAGCAAAGAACUAAUCCUAAGGGCACAAUCAGUGUCGGUGUGGAUGCAACAGAUCUCUUUGACCGCUAUGAUGAGGACUUUGAAGAGUUACCUGGAGGAGGUUUUCCUCACAUAGAAAUAAACAAGAUGCAUAUUUCCCAGUCUAUAGAGGCUCCUCUGACUAACAAUGACACAGCCAUGUUGUCGGGUUCUCUGUCCACGCACAAUGGAAGUGGAGGGGGCAACAUUAACGUGACCGUACGCAGAGUUGUGUCUGCUAAGGGCUGGGGGGAAGUUGAGUUUGGUGCUGGAGACAUUUUGGGACCUCUCAUCGGAUUAAAAAUGUUUCGCAACAUUACUCCGCGGUGUUUCCUGACUGCCCAGUGCGGUCUGCAGUUCUCUCCUCGAGGCCCACGGCCGAGCUGCUCUCUGAUGACGGCACGCCACUUGGAUCAGAACACAAUGGGCUAUCUGCAGUGGCGCUGGGGGCCCACCAGUGCCAUGACCACCAGCCUGGUCAGGGACACAAAGAGCAGUCACUUCACACUCGCUCUGCAGUUAGGGGUGCCGCAUUCGUACCUCAUGAUGAGCUACCAGUACAAGUUCCAGGAUGAAGACCAGACCAAAGUGAAAGGAUCUCUCAAGACCGGCUGGUUUGGUACCGUGGUGGAAUAUGGAGCAGAGAGAAAGAUCAGCCGACACAGCGUCCUGUCAGCCACCGUCAGCAUGGGCGUCCCACAAGGGGUCACACUCAAGAUUAGGCUGGCACGUGCCAGUCAAACAUACCUGUUUCCCAUCCACCUGACUGACCAGCUGCUGCCCAGUGCCGUCUUCUAUGCCACGGUGGGCCCUCUGGUGGUCUACAUGGCCAUCCACCGACUGAUCAUCGUCCCAUACACGCAAGCUCAGAAGGAACAAGAGCUGGAGCUGCAGCGGAAAAGCUCAGCCACAGACAUCGCCAAGAAGAAGCAGGAGGCCGAGUCUGCUGUUCUGCUGAUGCAGGAGUCUGUGAGGAGAAUCGUAGAGGCAGAAGAAUCCAAAAUGGGGCUGAUCAUCCUGAACGCCUGGUAUGGAAAGUUUGUGUCAGACACCAGCCAGAAGCAGGAGAAAGCCCGGGUGAUCGACGUGACGGUGCCACUGCAGUGCCUGGUCAAAGACUCCAAGCUCAUCCUCACCGAGGCGUCUAAGGUAGGGCUGCCGGGCUUCUACGACCCCUGCGUGGGAGAAGACAAGAGUCUAAAAUUACUGUAUCAGUUCAGGGGCGUCAUGCAUCAAGUCAUUUCUGCAGACAAUGAGCCUCUACGGAUACCUAAGCAAUCUCACAGAAUAGAGUCCGAGUCCUAGGAGCCCACUGCUGUUGGAGUACCAGAUAAAUCAGACUUGCAGUGUUUGCAGAAGAAAGCGAGACGAGAAGAGGUGCAUCAAAAAUGAGUUUGCUAUUCUCCUCUGGCCUUCCUCCGUUGUGAACUCAAGUUUCCUCGCCUCUUCCUGGACAUCAGUUCCCAGACUCAGCAAAGCGCAGGAGUCAUCAUCUCCGAGGCUCUCAUGUUGGCGUCACCUGACAGAACGGUGAAACCUCUCAGAAACCAGUGUUUUUGAUUUAUUUUGUUUCUGACUUUUAUUGCGUCCUCUGUGCACCAACCUUUCAUUGUAGCCUUAGUCCUACAUGUGAAACAUCCUGGUAAUUAUUAGCAUUACGUGUUGCAUUAAACUCGAUGCGUCUAUCUAAAGCCAGACUGAGGAGCAGCUGGACUUUUAAUUUGAAGGAUUCUUCAACUGAAUUUUUGGUUGUUGUGACACAUCUACUGUGAAGAAAAGGUUUAUCCGUGAAACUGAUGACAAAAGAAAUAAUUUCCUUUCGAUGUUGGCGAUCUGGAUAAACGGCAAACUGUUCUUUUUUCUGGGUUGCAGUUUAAAGGCAGAUAUUCAGCUUGGAAAUGAUUUGUGUUGGAGUUUUAUUGAUCUUCUCUGCACAGCUGCAGCUAAAACGAAAUUUUCGGUAAUGAUUAUUGAUUUACGUUUUUUUUUACUUGGCUUGUGCCAAAAAGCCAGUGAUAAUCGUAAAUAUCCGUAUGGAUUUUAAAACCUUUGGAUGAAAGGCAUGUUUAAGAGGUAAAGACAUCAGCACUUCUCGAGUUUAUUCUGAAAGAAAUCCCUGCAGAUGAGCCAGACUUUAUUUAUUUGAUCACUUUGAGCUCUUAUUUUGAAAUUGCACACUGUCCAAGCACAUUCUAGCCUCUCAAAUUGGCUGUUAGUGAACAAUCUCAAGAAUCCUCACAUUUUAAACCUUAAAAGUCACUAAAACAGUAAAAGUUAAGUUCCUAACAGAACUUUUGUAUUAGUUAUAAUUCACACGGUUGAAUUUGUGGCACAAUAUUAGGUCAUUGAAUGCACCUCUAUUAGGUACUUAAGUGCAUAUCAUUUAAGAACUGAAGUUUUAAAGAUGUUUAGAGAAAACUAAAUCUAAUGAAAGAAUUUAUUUCUGAUCCGUCUGAGCUAAGAACUGGAUUUUACUCAGUUGGGUUACUUGCAACUAAACAUGUGAUGGAGACUUUGAAUGUUUUUUUUUGUGUUGGUAAUCAUCUCAUCUGGAGGUCAUUUCUGUAGCAUCUUUCCUCCACUGUUUUUAUCCUGUAAAGAGAUGAUAGGGCUGCUUUUGCACAGGCGCCACCAUGAGGCAAGCGGACAUACUGCCCCUCCAUGUUACCCGUCGUCCACUUUAGGUAGAUAGUAUGUAUGGUUUUAAAUAAAUAUGUAUUCUAUCCUGGAAAAAAUUAAAUAAAUAUGCAAUAUAUGAAAAAA